AUGAAGUAUUUCCUUCACAUCUCACUUCUGCUGUAUUGCGUCUCUGCCCGACCGCUCCAGAACAUCACUCUAGCACUUCCUGAAGGCACAACAAACCAUGGCACCCCUGGUCUUCUUUGCACUCCUGCGAAAUGGACGGACGUCAUCGUAUUCUUCCUCUUCAACUAUGUCGCCCAUGCUGCAACCGUCAUCACUCGGCCAGGGGAGCGCUCCGUUGAUUUUGCCGCAACCGUAAUCGGAUGUCUCCUUCACCCCGCGAUGGGACUGUAUAGGGGGAUCGAAGCGAUUCUAAGUGGUGCUUUUUGGUACUGGAAGGACGACCUGAGGAAAGCAGCUAAGAGUGGAGCUCUUUGUAUGGUGGUUAGGACGAACAAAUGGAGGCCAGUCGACGGCUCAGAGGUUAAGAAUGCCGUCGUCCAGAUGGCUCCGGAUGAGACAUCGGCGGACUUAAGUUCAGACGCAGCUUUUCAUACCACCGCAGAUGGUGUUCACAUCGCUACCUACGAACCACCUUGGAUACUUUCACAAUUAGGCCAUCCCAUUUAUGUUCACCGUCAGACCGUCCAUGGGACAUACGACCUGCCGGAGGGUUACACCUUCGCCAUCGUUCCAGGGGACUGCAUGUUGAAAAACGAUGUAUCCGCAGGAAAACUAGAUAUUGCGGCGAACUACAACACUGUAAAGGCACUCCUUGCCCUUGCCCAGACCGCGUAUGCGUCAAUGACCCUCUACCGCUCCCAAGGAGAUCAAAUCGAACAGUUUGGAUAUGCGGCAUUCGGACUCACCGUCGCGCCAUUCGCCGUCAUGAGUACCAUCAAUCUUAUCGGGAGCCUCUGUCGUCCGGAUUACGCAAGCUUGUAUAUGGUCGAAUCGAGUAUCAUGGAUGAAGCAAGAUCACGAGGGGGUUCCUUCAAGGGCACGGUU